AUGGUCAAUCUGAUCUCACGUAUUGUUAUGUCGGGUGAUGGAAUUGAUCUCACUCGUACAUCUGUUAGCUGGUGUAAAAUCAGAUACUUCUGCGUCGCUACUCUCAGUUUGUUGAGUUUAACUUGUUCAUGUUUGGCAACAAUCGAUCAGUACUUUGCCACAUCUCAAAAUGUUUCUCUUCGUCGUUUGAGUAACAUCAAACUGGCACAUCGAAUUCUCGUCGUGAUGAUCAUUGUGUGGCUUUGUCACGGAAUUCCAUUUCUAGUAUUCUACAACAUCUCAUCAACUACUAACACCUGUGCGAGUACUAAUCUCUCCUUUGCUGUUUACUAUCCAUCGGUAUACUUUAUUACUCUGAAUUGUACUAUUCCAGUGUUAAUAAUGGUUAUCUUUGGAUAUCUGGCGUACCGAAAUAUUCAUUCGACACGCAUACUUGCUGAACAACAAGCCGAUCGACAGCUAGUUCGAAUGAUUCUGAUCGAAACACUAUUGAUCAUGAUUAGCUACAUUCAGUAUGGAGUUUAUGGCGCGUAUAUGCUGAUGACAUCGAAUGUGAUCAAAUCACCAAAUCGUUUGGAUAUUGAAGCAUUCGUUUCCACCAUGUCUAGUUUGAUAUAUUAUUUGUACUUUUCGGGAAGUUGUUACAUGUUUUUACUGUCAUCCAGCCGGUUUCGCCAAGAAGCUAAAAAUCAGUUACGAUUCUGGCGGAAACACAAUCAGGUCAAUUCAGAACACAAAUAUGUAAAUGGAGGCUGUAUAAAAUCAAUCCAUCAAUGA